CUUUUCAGUUAGAGAGCAAGGAUAUUCUUGAGAGGAAGCAAUACAUGGGUUCCCAAACACAGUCCCAACUUCAUCUUGUUGACUUCACUAAUGAAAACAUGAAACCCGGCACUGAUGCAUGGCUUUCAGCCUGCCAUGUUGUGAGGACUGCACUAGAGGAACAUGGUUGUUUCGUGGCACGCUAUGAUAAAUUAGGCAAAGAGCUUUGUGACUCUGCUCUCUUGGCAAUGGAAGAACUAUUUGGUCUCCCAGUGGAAACAAAAGUCCAAAAGACUAGUGAAAAACUUUUCCAUGGUUACUUAGGACAAGUCCCCUGGCUUCCCUUGUAUGAAUCUUUGGGCGUUGAUGAUCCGUUGACUAUGCAGGGAUGUCAAAAAUUCACCAACAUUAUGUGGCCUGAAGGAAAUGAUCGUUUUUGUGAAAGUGUCAAUGAGUAUUCUAAGAUUUUGGGAGAAUUAGACCAUAUGGCGAAGAGAAUGGUGUUUGAGAGCUAUGGUGUGGACAUGCAACGAUGCGAUUCUUUAAUAGAAUCAAGCAACUAUCUCCUCAGAUGCAUCCAAUACAGAACACCCCAGAUGGAUGAAAAUGAUUUGGGAAUGCAUUCUCACUCGGACUUGACCAUCAUAUCCGUGUUGCAUCAGCUGAAUAAUCUAAGUGGCUUGGAAAUCAAAAUGAAGGAUGGGGAAUGGGUCGGGGUUGGUGCCUCACCCUCCUUGUUUGUGGUCAUGGCUGGAGAUGCAUUCAAGGUGUGGAGUAAUGGUAGGAUACGCCAAUGUGAACACAGGGUAAUAAUGAGUGCAAAGGAAACUAGAUACUCCACGGGACUAUUUUCUUUCACUGGCAAAGAGAUGCAGAUACCGGAGGAGCUAGUUGAUGAGCAACAUCCCUUGCGUUAUAAACGAAUAUUCGACCAUUAUGAAUACCUUCGUUUCUAUGAAAAAGAGAAAAUCAAAGAACCUGAGACUCGACUCGAAGCGUAUUGUGGAGUCUGAAGCCUGCGCUAAUAUGAAAGAGUAGUUCAUGCCAAGUUGCUCUUCUCUAUGAAUAAGAAAUUGGAAUAUAGGAGUUGGUUGCUGCCUUAUGUGUGCUAUUCUAAAUGUAUUUCACUUUUAUUUUUUUUUAAGAAAAAAAAUUGUGGGCUACCAUGUAAAUGAUUUGUGCUUAUGUGUGAUCUUGUUUAAUGAAUAAUAAUGGAGUCUGAGGUUAUGUUUAUUGUUCUUGUUUAAUGAAUGAUAAUG